CUUCAGAGGGAGCAUCUUUGGAGGAGAUUCCCUCCAACAGGCCAGGGGAUCUACGUCAAAUGCAGCACAAUCCUCGUAUGCUAUUCUGCAAAAGAAGUAGGGUGGAGGAGGAGCGUGUGAGGAGGAGAGUUUAGAGGAGUCUUCAUUGCCUGAGGUGUCAUGUCAGGCUCAAAGUGCUACAAAUGCAACCGCAUGGGACACUUUGCUAGGGAGUGUCCCAUGGGUAGUGGUCCCGGUCCAAGGGGGCGUGGUGGUCCAAGGGAUUUCUACUCCUUAGAGAAGUGCUACAAGUGCAACCGUCCAGGUCACUUUGCUCGUGACUGCAAGGAAGAGGAGGAUCACUGUUAUCGCUGUGAUGGCGUUGGUCACAUUGCCAAGGACUGUGAACAUUCCUCUGACGAACCUUCAUGUUACAACUGCUCGAAGAUGGGGCACAUAGCUCGUGAUUGUCCUGAACCUGAGCGUACUUGCUAUGUGUGCAACAAGAGUGGUCACAUUUCUCGUCAGUGCACAGAGAACAAGAGCGAGAACCGAAAUGCCAAGGUAACUUCAUGUUACAACUGCUCGAAGAUGGGGCACAUAGCUCGUGAUUGUCCUGAACCUGAGCGUACUUGCUAUGUGUGCAACAAGAGUGGUCACAUUUCUCGUCAGUGCACAGAGAACAAGAGCGAUGUAUGCAUUUUCAGAUGCAACCUGAAGGGCCAUAUGGCUCGCAACUGCCCAAAAUGUUACAUGUGUGGUGGCUUUGGGCAUAUUUCACGCCAAUGUGAGAUGGUGGCUUAGACUGGCCCGACCCACUCCUGGUCUCUCCCUCCGAAGCUGCUGCUGCUGCUGCUACUCCCUACUACCAUGACCCCCCUGACAUACACCAUGGUUUAAACUGUGGUGCAGGGGCUGUUGAAUCAUAGCCUGGCUAGUCACCCUGAUAGGGCUCUCCAGGCAAGAACUAGGUCACAUCACGUUCUCAGCAGGAAGCAAGUCAAAGUGUGUGAAGAAUUUUAAAUGGAAAAAUCAUGUAUGUAAUUUUAUUCAACAAAAGCCAGUGUGGUAGGAGAGAUUUUAAAAUGGAGCCUUUUGGCAAAUAUUACAUGCCUUGAAAACGCAUGCAUAGCAAGUGAUAUCUUGAUCCUUGUGCUCCAAAACUUUCUAAACUUAUCAUUGGUGAAGUAUAAGGUGGAUAGGAAUAUGUUCCUAGUACCUGAUAUCUGAAUUACUUAAUUACAGUGCAUUUUUGUCUAAGUUGAUUGUUUAGCUUUUAUAAUGGAGUAAAAACUCUCUUAUCAGAGACAAGCUAAGUGAUGUGGAGGAGAGGGUCAGAGGAGAUGGGAGUUUACCAAAGCUCCUAAUAAGGUCAUUUUCAGCUUGCAAGGCAAGUAUAGCCAGUAGAUCCUUGCAUAUUGAGAAGUCUCUGAGAAAGUGCUGCAGGGGCUUCUUUGUUAUUCCAUAUAGUCUCAACCACCUACAUUGUUCAUAGCUGUUCUUUGCCAAAGUGAAGUUAGUGAUUAAUGACAAUCAGAUUAUAUAUUGUGAGAUCAGGAUCAAAUUUCAGUGUUAAAAUGGUUAACAGUUUACAGCAAGAGGAAUUUUUUUAGGCUCAUCUUGAUUUCAUUUGUCAUGCAGUUUCAUACUUUAAAGUGAUUUCUCUGGUGUUUUUUUUUUUUUUAAAGUUGCUUUAAUAAUGAGCUUCUGGUUAAACAAGAUGACAGUUCUUAGUUGAUGUGGCAGACUUGGUGUUAGGGGUGUAGGUGUAAUUUUUGCUGUACAUGAAUUUCCAGUUACUUUCAUUUUGUGCUGGUGACCUAAUCAUUUUUAAAGAAAAAAGAAAAAUUAUAACUUUUCUGAAUUAUUUAGUCCUUGUGUAUUGUCAAUAUUGGCAUUCUAGUCCUCUAGGUUAACAUAACAGCCAUGCCAAGUAAUUUAUUUAAUUUUUUUUUUUAAGCAAUGCUGACUCGGCAGUUUGGUUUGUAUGCUGAUUCUAAAUCAGUCACACAUUGAAAUUUUAUGUCAAAUGUAAACAGAAUUAUUUUGACAAGCUUAGUAGUAAUUAUAUUAAUUUUCCUCCGAGCAUCAGUGUUGUAGGUGCUAGAGCCAGAAGAAAAUUAGUUAUUGGUGAGUGAAGUGGUCAUCAGCACAAAGGUGUUGCAAAGAGAGGAGAAUUGUGAACACAUUCAUGAAAUUGUCAUGGGAGUUUAAAAAAAAAUAAAAAAGUAAAGUGAAUUAAAUAGAAAUUUGUAUGAAGUAUAAGACGACAGUACUUGACGAUGAAUACGGACUGUUCCGGUAUUGGUUGGCACAGUCUUUGAAUAGCAGGAGAGAGAGGACUACUAAAAUGCCAGAAUUAGAAGUAGAUGUGUACUUCACACUUUGUGAUUAGUCUGUUUUGGUAGUAGGCAGGUGAAAAUUAAGUUUUAUGACAGUGAUAACAUAGGAGGGUGUAUAAGAAGGUGUAAAUCCUGGCCAACUUGCUCAUCCCAUUAGUUAAGAUGUUUCAUGUUAUUGAGGAGGAGAAGGAUGGAGAUGACAGUAUUUGUCAGGUGGAGGGGUGGAGUGGAAGGAAAUUUUUUGGCCUCUAGUGUAGCUUUACUAUUACUCAUUAUUUUUUCUCCUUUUUUUUUAUAGUAUACAGCAUUCUUAAUUACUGUAUUUACUUAUGCUCAGUUAGCAUAUGAGGGGAGGGAGGCUUUAAGUAAAUUUACUUCAUUAGUUGUGUAGGUUAGAUUGUCUGGAAAGUAUAAAAGUAUGUGUGUGUGUGUGUGUGUGUGUGUGUGUGUGGUGUGUGUGUGUGUGUGUGUGUGUGUGUGUGUAUGAUUAUGUAUAAUACAUAAACAUAUAUAUACAUCCUUACAUAUACACACCUUAAAGGGUUAUUAGUUAAUGAAUUCUUCAUAUAUUUUAUAUUUAUUCCUUGUGAAAAGGAUUUGCUUUCCCAGAGCCACUCUACCCUUCCUCCUGUGAUUGGGGAACCACUUACCUCAUGGGUUCCUUAAAAGGUCAAUUUUAAUGAUCUUUCAACCAGUACCUGCACAGUCGCCCUUUGUUGUUGUGAAGGAGAUGUGGAUUUGUGCAUUGACCAGCUAAUGUGACCCUCUGGGGAUUUAGGAAAGAAGGCUCAAUUUUUACUUUGUUAUAUAUUAUCUAAUAUAUGCCGGUAUACCUUAUUUGUACCCAGAAAGUAAACUCUGUAUUCUUGUAGGACGCAGUUACUAGACAAGCUAAAAUUGGAUCUGAUUUAUCAGGAAGGCUAAAUUUAUUUAUUUUUGAAAAUGAGCCUUUUUGCAUGUUAAACAUCAGAGAGGCAUAUAACUGAUCAUUGCAUAUCUAUAUAUAAAAAUAAAAGUGGACUAUUUUGUUACUCUUGAAUAUUAGCAUUGUAAAGGCAGAAGAAGAAGAGCGGUUGAUUAAAGUCUUCUAGUCCUUAUAAUUCCCACUAAAGUUAUUGUUGUUCACAUUUUUUACUCUGGAUUUAUGUGUGCAUUGAAGAACUUAUUGUCCUCAAUGUGCCUGGCAUUCAGCCUCAAUAAACAGGUUCACAUUGA